CAUUCUUCAACAAUUCUCCCUAUCAAACUUUCCCAAGUUUUCCCUCAUCUUUCUCCCACCAAUCCAACCUUCAAUCUCAAACCCAAUCCCACAAACCACGAAAAGAAAAAGAACAAUGCAUUUGCAUGACAAAGGGAACAAAACAAAAUAUAAUUAAUUAAAUAUUCGAUGGAUAAAUCAUCGAAUCCGAGGAGGCCUUCGGCCUCCGUCGGAGGAGACUCCGACCGGGGCCCGUCGCCCCAGUCCGUCAAAUUCGCCCGCCGCACUUCCAGCGGGCGAGUCGUCAGCCUCUCUCGCGACGACGAGAUCGACCUUCCGGGCGACUACGCCGCCCAAAACGACUACAUAAACUACACCGUCCUAAUGCCCCCCACGCCGGACAAUCAGCCCGGCGCGUCAGGUGGGGCUGCCGCGGCCGCCGCCGCCUCAUCGGGGGACAAGCCGGACGGGCCCACCACGUUCCGGGCCCCGUCGUCCAGGUUCCGCUCCGAGACGCAACAACGCGGCAGAGCGGGCGGCGGCGAUGGUGGCGGUGACGCGGCGGGGAAACUGGACCGGAGGAUGUCAGUGUUGAAGAAUAAUAAUAAUAACAAGUCGAUGCUGUUGAGGAGCCAGACGCAGGAAUUCGACCACAACCGUUGGCUUUUCGAGACGAAGGGGAAAUACGGGAUCGGGAACGCGUUUUGGCAAGACGAUUCGUUUGAUCACGAUACGGGGAUGAGCAUGCAGGAUUUCAUGGACAAACCGUGGAAGCCGCUCACAAGGAAAGUUCAAGUUCCUGGAGGUGUUAUAAGCCCUUACAGAGUCCUUAUCGUGAUUCGAAUGAUCGCGCUAACCAUGUUCCUCAUCUGGCGGGUCCAAAACCCGAACCGAGAAGCAAUGUGGCUAUGGGGAAUAUCCAUCGUGUGCGAAAUAUGGUUUGCAUUUUCAUGGUUACUCGAUAUUCUACCCAAAUUCAAUCCAAUAAACCGGGCGGCCGAUUUGGCGGCUCUUAAGGACAAGUUCGAGACGCCCGGUCCGUCCAACCCGACCGGCCGGUCGGAUCUUCCCGGAAUGGAUGUGUUCAUAUCGACAGCCGAUCCCGAUAAGGAACCGCCUUUGGUCACUGCUAAUACAAUUUUAUCUAUACUUGCGGUGAAUUAUCCGAUUGAGAAGGUAUCUAUUUAUAUAUCGGAUGAUGGUGGGGCUAUUCUUACGUUUGAGGCUAUGGCCGAGGCUGUCAAAUUUGCCGAGGUAUGGGUGCCGUUCUGCCGGAAGCACGACAUCGAGCCAAGAAAUCCGGACAGCUACUUCAGCCAAAAGAUGGACCCCACGAAGAACAAGAAGCGCCCCGAUUUCGUCAAGGACAGGCGUUGGAUCAAGCGAGAGUACGACGAGUUCAAGGUCCGAAUCAACGGCCUUCCCGAAGUCAUACACAAGCGUUGUAAAAUGUACAACAAAAACGAGGAGAUGCAAGAAAAGAAGCUCGUCAAGGAGAAGAACAAUGGCGUGAUCCCACCGGACCACAAGUUCGAAGUCACGAAAGCCACGUGGAUGGCCGACGGGACCCACUGGCCCGGGACAUGGUUCAACCCGGCCCCCGAUCACGCCAAGGGAGACCACGCCGGUAUUUUGCAGAUAAUGAGCAAGGUUCCCGAUAAUGAUCCGAUAAUGGGAGGGCCGGACGAGAAAAGAUUGGAUUUCACCGGUAUCGACAUUCGUCUCCCGAUGUUCGCCUACGUGUCGCGUGAGAAACGCAAGUGCUACGAUCAUAACAAGAAGGCCGGUGCAAUGAAUGCUUUAGUGAGGGCAUCGGCCAUACUAUCGAAUGGAGCGUUCAUUUUGAACUUGGAUUGUGACCACUAUAUCUACAACUCUAUGGCUAUUAGAGAAGGCAUGUGCUAUAUGAUGGACCGGGGCGGUGACCGUAUAUGCUAUAUACAGUUCCCGCAGAGGUUUGAAGGCAUCGAUCCCUCCGACAGAUAUGCUAAUCACAAUACCGUGUUUUUCGAUGGGAAUAUGAGAGCAUUGGAUGGUCUACAAGGUCCGGUUUAUGUCGGAACUGGAUGCAUGUUCAGGCGUUACGCUCUCUACGGUUUUCCUCCACCAAGAGCGAACGAAUAUUCGGGCGUUUUCGGACAAAAUAAGGCCCCCGUUAAGAAUAUGGUGCCUCCUCAGUCGGAGGAAGAGGCCCCCCUUACAUCAGGUCACCCCGAUUUGGACCUACCUAAGAAAUUCGGAAACUCAACUAUGUUCAACGAAUCAAUAGCCGUUGCUGAGUUUCAAGGACGGCCCCUUGCCGAUCAUUUCUCCGUCAAGAACGGUCGGGCCCCCGGUGCUUUACUCAUGCCGCGGCCCCCGCUCGAUGCCCCCACCGCAGCCGAGGCCAUCGCUGUCAUUUCUUGCUGGUACGAGGACAAAACAGAGUGGGGCGACAGAAUCGGCUGGAUCUACGGCUCCGUGACGGAGGACGUGGUCACCGGCUACCGCAUGCACAACCGCGGCUGGCGCUCCGUCUACUGCAUCACCAAGCGCGACGCCUUCCGCGGCACCGCCCCGAUCAACCUCACCGACCGCCUCCACCAGGUCCUCCGGUGGGCCACAGGCUCCGUCGAGAUCUUCUUCUCCCGGAACAACGCCAUCCUCGCCACCUCCCGCCUCAAAUUCCUCCAGCGCAUCGCGUACCUCAACGUCGGCAUCUACCCCUUCACCUCUAUCUUCCUCGUCGUCUACUGCUUCCUCCCCGCCCUCUCCCUCUUCUCCGGCAAGUUCAUCGUCCAAUCACUCGACAUCCACUUCCUCAGCUACCUCCUGAUAAUCACCCUCUGCCUCGUCUUCAUCUCCCUCUUAGAAGUCAAGUGGUCCGGAAUCGGCCUCGAAGAGUGGUGGCGGAACGAACAAUUUUGGGUGAUCGGCGGCACGAGCGCCCACCUCGUCGCCGUUAUUCAAGGACUCCUGAAAGUCAUCGCCGGAAUCGAGAUCUCGUUCACGUUAACAUCGAAAUCGACCGGAGAAGACGAGGACGAUAUAUACGCGGAUUUGUAUGUAGUGAAGUGGACGGGGUUAUUUAUAAUGCCGUUGUUUAUUAUCAUUAUGAACCUGGUGGCGCUUGUGAUCGGGUUUUCACGGACGGUGUACAGUGUGAUACCGGAGUGGAGUAAGCUUUUCGGGGGCGCUUUUUUUAGCUUUUGGGUGCUUGUGCAUAUGUACCCGUUUGCGAAGGGGCUUAUGGGGCGGAGGGGCCGUGUCCCGACGAUUGUGUACGUUUGGGCGGGGCUUAUUUCGAUUACGUCUUCUUUGCUGUGGAUUGUUAUUAGCCCGCCUCAAGGGAAUGCCGACGAUACCGCUUCGCUUAAGUUUUGAUUAACUUCUUCGAGUUGUAUUGUGUUAUGUACGUGAAUAGGUGUAUACGUAUUUUACAAGUACUGCAUGUAUAUUUGUGUGACUGUGUGUAAUUGAAAUGGGAAAUCGUUCAAUGUAUUUCACCGAAUGUAGCUUUUAUAAGGGGAGUUAGAUGC